UGUGGCCACUAAAAAGGGGGUCAAAGUCUGCAAAAACAGCAUGCUGUGUCCGGACAAAACCUAAAUUACUUUCAAAACAUUGAACAUAUGGUUAUUCCAAAGCUGUAAAGCCUUUAACGCCAGUGUGUUAUACCUGUGAAUACACUUUUUGCUGAAGAAACUGGGAAUAUAUACUGAAUAUUGAGGAAUAUCGCUCUGCAAAGGGUCUCAAGGUGGAAAAAAGGACUCUUGGAUUUAAGGUUGGCACCAUGAGUGCUGAAACUGUGAAUAACUACGACUACUCGGAUUGGUACGAAAAUGCAGCACCAACCAAAGCUCCUGUCGAAGUUAUCCCACCAUGUGACCCCACCGCUGAUGAAGGCCUCUUCCACAUAUGCAUUGCUGCUAUAUCUUUGGUGGUCAUGCUGGUUCUUGCCAUCCUUGCCAGACGCCAGAAGCUGAGUGACAAUCAGAGAGGACUUACAGGUUUACUCAGCCCAGUAAACUUUUUAGACCACACGCAACAUAAGGGCCUUGCCGUAGCAGUGUAUGGAGUUCUCUUCUGCAAGCUGGUUGGCAUGGUCCUCAGUCAUCAUCCACUUCCUUUCACUAAAGAAGUUGCGAACAAAGAAUUCUGGAUGAUUCUGGCACUUUUGUACUACCCCGCAUUGUACUACCCUCUCCUGGCCUGUGGUACGCUCCACAACAAGGUUGGUUAUGUCCUCGGUAGCCUGCUAUCAUGGACGCACUUUGGCAUUCUGGUCUGGCAGAAGGUGGACUGUCCCAAAACGCCACAGAUCUAUAAGUACUACGCUCUGUUUGGCAGCCUUCCUCAGAUUGCCUGUCUGGCGUUUCUUAGUUUCCAGUAUCCACUACUUCUGUUCAAAGGUUUACAGAAUACCGAGACAGCCAAUGCCUCUGAGGACCUCAGUAGCAGUUAUUACCAAGAUUAUGUGAAGAAGAUUCUCAAAAAGAAAAAGCCCACCAAAAUCAGUUCUAGCGCAUCAAAACCCAAACUGUAUGAUAGGCUCAGAGAUGCUGUGAAGUCUUACGUCUACACACCUGAGGAUGUUUUUAGGUUCCCUUUGAAACUAGCUAUCUCUGUGGUUGUGGCAUUCAUAGCUCUUUAUCAGAUGGCUCUCUUGCUGAUCGCAGGAGUGCUGCCCACCCUGCAUAUCGUCCGCAGAGGAGUUGAUGAAAAUAUUGCCUUCCUGUUGGCUGGUUUUAAUAUCAUCUUGUCAAAUGACCGUCAGGAGGUGGUCAGGAUCGUAGUGUACUAUUUGUGGUGUGUGGAAAUUUGCUAUGUGUCAGCGGUGACCCUGUCCUGCCUGGUCAAUCUGCUCAUGCUCAUGAGGUCCAUGGUCCUGCACAGGUCGAACCUGAAGGGCCUGUACAGAGGAGACAGCCUGAAUGUUUUUAACUGCCACAGGAGUAUCAGACCAUCCCGGCCGGCGCUCGUCUGCUGGAUGGGCUUCACCAGCUACCAGGCCGCUUUCCUCUGCCUCGGCAUGGCGAUUCAGACUCUGGUGUUCUUCAUCUGCAUUCUGUUCGCCGUCUUCCUCAUCAUCAUCCCCAUCCUAUACGGCACAAACCUCAUGCUCUUCCACAUCAUCGGCAACUUGUGGCCCUUCUGGUUGACUCUGGUUCUGGCUGCGCUGAUCCAGCAUGUGGCCUCCAGGUUUCUGUUCAUCAGAAAGGACGGAGGAACCAGAGAUCUCAACAACAGAGGGAGUCUGUUUCUGCUCAGCUACAUCCUCUUCCUGGUUAAUGUGAUGAUUGGUGUGGUCCUGGGCAUUUGGAGGGUCGUCAUCACGGCUCUUUUCAACAUUGUCCACCUAGGACGUUUGGAUAUUAGCCUUCUGAACCGCAACGUUGAGGCGUUUGACCCAGGAUACCGCUGCUACUCCCAUUACCUGAAGAUUGAGGUCAGUCAGUCUCACCCUGUGAUGAAGGCCUUCUGUGGGCUCCUGCUGCAGAGCUCCGGUCAGGAUGGUCUUUCCGCACAGAGGAUGAGGGAUGCUGAGGAAGGUAUCCAACUGGUCCAGCAGGAGAAAAAGCAGAACAAAGUAUCUAACGCCAAGCGGGCACGAGCGCACUGGCAGCUCCUCUACACGCUGGUCAACAACCCGUCCUUGGUGGGAUCCAGAAAGCAUUUCCAAUGCCAGAGUUCUGAAAGCUUCAUCAACGGAGCCCUCAGUCGGACUUCGAAGGAGGGCAGCAAAAAGGAAGGCAGCGUCAAGGAGCCAAGCAAAGAGGCUGAAAGCGCCGCCGCCAGCAACUGAAGACCACGGAUGAAGGAGAUCGGUCCUCCAUGCCCACCCACGCCCAACUUCUUACCAGCUGCUGGCCAGAUAUUGAUGAUAGUAUUAUUUGGUUUGGUGUAGCACAUGUGUUUUAGCUAAGUGCACUUCCAGCUCAGUGCCUCAGGAAAAAAAAAAAAACGUCAUGCAGUUGUAGUUAACGGAUCCUUUGCACAUGUGUGUGUGGAUGGAUGUGAUGGAUGGAUGUUGUGUGAAUGUGUCUCUUUUUCCGUCUUGGAUUUAGCGUAACAGGAAAUUUAGUUGUGGCACUGAACUCCCAUCUGACCGCUUGAUGCGAGGUUAGUAUGUGUGACUAUUUAUGAAUGUACAGGUCUUUUGCAAAUUGAUGAAUUAUUCAUUUCCACUCCUUUAUUUUUCAGUCUUUUACCAAAAAAAUAUUUGCAGUAAACUAACAUGAAACCAGUGAUGGUCAUUAUGGGUUGAUCGGUGUUUAAAGACAACAUCUACUGUAAUUCUAUUGCAAAAUAUAAACACAAUAUGUCUCACUGUUACAUUUGACACGUAAUUGUGAUAUUUCCGUCUAAUAUGUCUUGUUCUGCGCUACCUAUGGCAUGUGAUUGAAACGAAAUAAAUAUUUAA